AUAUUACUGUGAGGCUGAGAAUACAAUAGCAUCUCAUAACUCUACAGCUCUGAUGAUCAUUGUAGCAGGGAAACAGACCUCAGUUAUGAAUGCAGCUGUAGGAAUCAUAGUGGUUGUUCUGGUUCUCAUCCUCUGUCUCUCUGGACUCAUGUGGUUCAGGAAGAAGUCCUCCAAUACCACCUCUGACACAAGAGACACAGCAGACAACGGACAGGGAGACUCUAGUCCAGUGUAUGACAACGUCUCAAGCAUGGCCAUGAACCCUACUGCAGCACAGACAGCAGCCACAGACAACCAGGAUGAUGUUCACUACACCAGCGUCCACUUCUCUGGCUCCAAAAACCAGGAAGUGCCUCUAUAUUCCACCGUCCAACUGCCUCAGCCCCAGAAACAGGAUGAGGAUGUCCAGUACGCUGCUCUGAAAUUCAACCUCCCCAGUGCUGCCACCCAACCCGCAGCAGCACAAUCAGCUGAGGAGGACUCCUCUGUUCUCUACAGUACAGUCAACAAACCCUGAGCCAAGAAGACCUGAACGCAACAAACUCAGAACCAAGAAGACCCAAACACAACAAACCCAGAACCAAGAAGACCUGAACACAACAAACCCAGAAAGAAGAAGACCUGAACACAACAAACCCAGAACCAAGAAGACCUGAACAGAACAAACCCAGUAACAAGAAGACCUGAACAGAACAAGUUUGACACAAACCUUGUAUAUCUGGACCUGUAUAUUUAAACUAAGUGACAUAAGGCCUGAGGGGGUGUGGAAUAUUGACCAUUAUAAACUGGGUGGUUUGAGCCCUGAAUGCUGAUUAGCUGAAAGGCAUGAUAUAUCAGACCGUAUACCAUGGGUAUUAACAUUUGAAUUUACAUUGGUAACCAGUUUAAAAUAAGGCACCUCUGGGUUUGUUGAAUGUGGCCAAUAUACCACGGCUAAGGGCUGUAUCCAAGUACUCCACGUUGCUUUGUGCAUAAGAACAGCCCUUAGCUGUAAUAUAUUGGCCAUAUACCACACCUCCUCGGGCCUUAUUGCUUACGUUUAUAAUGGCAAUAAGGCACUUCUGGGGUUUGUGGUAUAUGACCAACAUACUGUUCCACGGCUUAUUUUAAACUGGUUACCAACAUAAAUAGAACAGUAAACAUAUAUUUUUAUGUCAUACACAUGGUAUAUUGUCUGAUAUACAAAAUAGACUUCUGAAAUGCUGUUUCAGCCAAUCAGCAUCCAGGACCCAAACCACUCAGUUUAUAAUAUUAUAUAAUAAUAUAUGCCAUUUAUUAAACACUUUUAUCCAAAUUCCGUGUCAUUACAGUCAUGCAUGAAUACUUUUUUCAUAUGGGAAGUCCCAGCAGGAAUGGAACCAAAAAGCCAUGAGGUACAAACUGAGCCACACAAGACUACUCUAUUGAAACUUAGAGUAGGAGUUCUGAUCUAGGGUCAGUUAUGACUUUGAAACUAUGAUGAAUAAGAAAGGGACCUUAACAUUUUUUAAAUAUAUUUUUAAGUUGAAAAUGUUGUGUUUCUGACAUAGGCAACCUUGUGUUCCAGUUAUAUUUUACAGAGCAUUCAGAAAGUAUUCAGACCCCUUGACCUUUUCCACAUUUUGUGAUGUUACAAACUUAUUCUCAAAUUGAUGAAAUUGUUUUCUUUCCUCAUCAAUCUACACACAAAACCCAAUAAUGAUGAGCCAAAAAGGUUUUUAGACAAUUUUGCAAAUGUAUAAAUAAAAAAAACUGCAAUAUCACAUUUA